UUUACGACGCCGAUCGCGUCGCGUCUGGCCUUGUCCGCGCCUUGUUCCCAACCAUCAUCAUCAUGUCGCGUCCCUCUACUAGUUCAGGUAGUGCAAUGCAAGUUACUCAGGAGCUCUCGAACCCCCUCAUGUAGAUGAAGUUGAAGCCUGCGCGAAUAUUCAAAGGCGCCGUUGAACCAACCCCCGCACCAUCUCCCGGCGCGCCACAGAGGGGCCCUGCGGGUCCUAAGCACAUCACUGGGCUCUCUUUUGAUGACCAGGGGAACCAGCUGAUUACGGCGGGCGAGGACGAGACGUUCAAGCUCUACAGUUGCAAAACUGGCAAACAGCUGAAGGUCUUUUACUCGAAGAAAUACGGUGUUACACUACCCCGCUUCACGCACAAGAGCACCGCGAUCGUGCAUGCGUCAACGAAAGAAGACGACACCAUCCGGUACCACUCACUGCACGACAACAAGUAUCUGCAGUACUUUCGCGGGCACAAAGGAACGGUGACCUCCCUUGAGGUCUCACCAGUCGACGACGGCUUCAUCUCUGGCUCCAUGGACAAGACGGUCCGCAUGUGGGACCUUCGCGCACCGACAUGUCGUGGCCUGCUCCCCCUUCCCUCCCCUCCAGUAUGCGCCUAUGACCCCUCUGGCAUGGUCAUCGCCGUCGUCAUCAACCGGCACGCGCGCGUCCUCAUGUUCGACCUGGCGAACUACGACAAGGACCCCUUUCUCGUCGUCGAGCUCGUCGACCCCACGCUCUCACGCAUCAGCUAUCCGCCACGGCCGAUCUGCGCCACUUCACUUUCGUUCUCUGCGAACGGCAAGUUCAUGCUCAUCGGUUGCUCCGGUGACGCGCACUACAUCGCGGACGCCUACUACGGGAACAUCAUCGCCAAGCUCGAGGGGCACGUCGGGCUCGAGCGACGCUCGACCAACGCACAGGUGACGAUCGAACCAGUGCGCGGAUGCAGUGGGGAAGAGGUGUCGUGGACGCCGGACAGCAAGUAUGUUGUGUCGGGCAGCCUAGACGGCAAGAUCAUCAUGUGGCACAUGGAGCCGUUGAGCAACAUGAUGGAGAAGAAGAACGAGGACGAGCGAAAGACGAUGGCUAUGAUCCAGAUACCGCCACUCGUCAAACUUGACGGUCAUCCGGGGCCUUCCCGAUGUGUCAAGUUCAAUCCUCGGCUACUCAUGAUGGCUUCGGCCGGCCAGGAGCUGGCGUUCUGGCUACCAGAUCCCGCACCGGACAGUGAGGAAACUGCCAAAGACAUCUUGAAGAAGAUGUGAGGGGACUUGGCUUUGCUUGUACUGUAUCUGGACUCUCUGUCACUUGUAGCCUACCAUAUCCCUUGUCGUCUUACAAAUGAUUGCAUACGAGCCUCCGGCCGAAAAUCACUCUGAUAGCAUAGC